AUGUCGGCCGCCAAAGAAGACGCUGUCCACGAUGCGGGCUACAAGCAAUCGAGCGACCUCGAGUACGGCGUGCGCCACCACAACAACGGCUUCAACCACACCCAGGAGGGCGGCAGCUCCCUCGCAACAAAGGAGGGAGUCAUGAUGCCCGCCUUUGGAGGUGCCUUCCAGCCCGGCCCGUACCAGCCCAGCUUCCGCAAGUUCGCCAACCCGGCGCCGCUGGGAUUGUGCGCCUUUGCGCUGACAACCUUUGUGCUGUCGCUCAUCAAUGCGAAUGCCAGGGGCGUGAGCACGCCCAACAUCGUCGUCGGGAUGGCGUACGCCUACGGAGGGUUGGUCCAGUUGCUUGCGGGAAUGUGGGAAAUGGCUGUCGGAAACACUUUCGGAGCUACUGCGUUGUCUUCGUACGGAGGAUUCUGGCUCAGUUUUGCGAUGAUCCAAACCGGCAGCUUCGGGAUUACGGCUGCAUAUGAGGAAGAUCCGGAAGCACUCAUGUCUGCCCUGGGUUUCUAUCUCAUCGCCUGGUGGGUGUUUACAACGAUCCUCCUCUUCUGCACCCUCAAGUCGACCCUCGCCUUCUUCAGCUUGUUCUUCUUCCUCGACAUCACCUUCCUGCUCCUAGCCGUCGCACACUUCGCCACUGUCGAUGGCGGUAUCAAUGUCACCAUCAACAAGGUCGCUGGUGUCUUCGGUCUGAUCACCGCCUUCAUUGCCUGGUGGAACGCACUUGCCGGUAUCGCCGAGACCUCAAACAGCUUCUUCACCAUCCCUGUCGUCCACUUCCCCUGGAGCGAGAAGGUCAAGGCCGAGAGGAGGGCUUCCAAGAGCGAUUAA